CAUUCAAGAAUGGCUAAAACACAAGCAGAAAUUCAGAGGCCCAUCGCCAAUUUCUCCCCAAGUUUGUGGGGCGAUCAGUUCAUCAAGGAUGAUUCUGGUGCUAAGGCUGCGGAGAAACAUUGCAAGGCAGUUGAAGAGUUGAAGAAGGAAGUUAUGAAUAUGAUAACUGCUGCUGAAAGCAAUCUUGUUGAAGCGAUGAACCAUAUUGACACACUCGAACGCCUUGGCAUUUCUUAUCACUUUGAAAAGGAGAUUGACCAAAAAUUGAACCAUUUUUUCAAUCUAAAUACAGAUUAUUGAAUUAUAAUGAAUGAAU